GGCUCGUGUUCCGUGCGUCGUUCACAUCGCGACAGAUCGAGAGACGCGAAGCGCGCAGACUUAUCGAGAUUUACGCAAACCAAAGCUAAUUAAUCGACAACGCCGCGCUACGGCAAUAACAGAUGAAUGUAUACAUCGGUAGGCUGACCUUUCUGUGACCCUUCUUCGGAGCAGAGGGGGCGUGCGGGUGGGGGUGUGUGCAGAAGGAUUGACUGUAUUUAGUUGGAGAUCGCACUUUUCACUGCGGGGGCCCCGAACCCGAGACAUAUAGAGUUGAGAAACCGAGCAUCUCAAUUUGAUCACGACGAGGACUCAACGUACAUCAUCAGUGACAUCAUAGUGCGGCGCACACGUGCACACGCGUAUGCGACGCACACACUCGCACGGAGCGAACAGCGCAAAUCUGUAACGACUUGACACGCACUCUGGACUCGUAAAACGCAGCAAAAUGAGCACCGGCAAUGCAGUAUAGGCACAUUUUUAUCGCCCAGAGAUCCGACAGCGCCAUAAAGAUAGGCGAUAAUCCACGAGAUCGCGCCUUUGGAGCUGCGAGUAAAGGUCAAACCGAGCGCGUCUCCCCCUCUACACGCGCGCCGUUAUAUAUUUAUUUGCCUCCUUAAGGCGAGACGCGCCACUCCACUCGGUUCACACGCUGCCCUCCCCUCCACACUCUCGAAGCAAGCGUAUCCACGCCGGUGAUCCCUAGCUUCCUCGUCACUCUGGAGAGAGGGGGGGUUGUGUGUCAAUGAUGUCCCUCGCCCGGGUCCUGCCGCUCCUGGUGGGGCUGGCGACCGCGAGUCGCGCCGCACUGGAUUUCGGGCUCCUUCCCGGCGACUAUUCCCGGGAUGAGACGGGCGCAGAGCAAUUCCUCGCCGAUUACAACGACACGGCCGAGGGGGUGCUGUACGAGAGCGUGCUGGCUAGCUGGAACUACAACACCAACAUCACAGAAGAGAAUCAAAACCUGCAGGUGGCGGCAAGUUUGAAGGAGCAGGAGUUCACGGAAGCUUGGGGGCAGAAGGCCAAGGAUCUCUUCGGUAACAUCUCCCAUGGGUUCAAUGAAACGAAUAAACGUUUACUUGAACAAAUCAGCAUUCUGGGCAGCGCCAACCUCGACAUCACAGAAAGAGAAGAGUACAAUCGACUGCUAUCUGAUAUGGACGCGAUCUACAGCACGGGCAAAGUGUGCAAACCCGGGCAGACAAGCGGGACAGACUGCGCACCCUUGGAUCCAACCAUCACGGACAUCCUGGCGACGUCACGGAGCUACAAGAAGCUGCUCUACUACUGGGAGGGCUGGCACAACGUGGUGGGCCGGCCACUCCACAGCAAGUACGCUCGCUUCGUCGAGCUCAGCAACGCCGCCUCGCAGCUCGACGACUUUGCGGACACGGGGGAAUACUGGCGCUCAUGGUACGAGUCGGCCACCUUCCGCGAUGACCUGGAGCGCAUCUACGAGGAGCUGAAGCCGCUCUACCUCAACCUGCACGCGUACGUGCGGCGCAAGCUGCACCAGCACUACGGGGAGAAGUUCGUCAACCUCAAGGGGCCCAUCCCCGCUCACCUGCUCGGCAACAUGUGGUCCCAGCAGUGGAAUAACAUCUUUGACAUGGUGGUCCCCUACCCCGGCAAGACCAGCGUGGACGUUACAGACACCAUGGUGGAACAGGGAUGGAACGCCACUCACAUGUUCCGCACCUCCGAGGAUUUCUUCAAAGACCUGGGCCUCUUGGAGAUGCCUCCUGAGUUCUGGAGUGGCUCCAUGCUGGAGAAGCCAGCGGACGGUCGCGAGGUCGUGUGUCACGCCUCCGCCUGGGACUUCUACAACCGCAAGGACUUCCGGAUCAAGCAGUGCACCAUACCAACGAUGGAGCAGCUCUUCACGGUGCACCACGAGAUGGGCCACAUCGAGUACUAUCUGCAGUACAAGGACCAGCACGUGUCCUUCCGUGGCGGCGCCAACCCCGGCUUCCAUGAGGCCAUCGGCGAUGUGCUUUCCCUCUCCGUGUCCACGCCCACACACCUGAAGACCAUCGGCCUACUGGGCCCCGACUAUGUCGGGGACAAAGAGAGUGACAUCAACUACCUGAUGAAGAUGGCACUGGAAAAGAUCGCCUUCCUGCCCUUUGGCUACCUCAUCGACCUGUGGCGGUGGGACGUCUUUAGCGGGAAGACCCCUCCCGAGCGCUACAACCAGGACUGGUGGUAUCUCAGGACCAAGUACCAGGGGAUCUGUCCCGGCGUCCCCAGGAAGAGCACGGACUUUGAUGCCGGUGCCAAGUUCCACAUCCCCGGAAACACGCCCUACAUCAGGUACUUUGUGAGCUUCAUCAUCCAGUUCCAGUUUCAAAAGGCGCUGUGCACGGCUGCCCAGGACAAGGGGCCCCUGUAUAAGUGCGACAUCGACAAGAAUCAGGCCGCGGGCAAUCUCCUUCGGAAGGCCAUGCAGAUGGGCUCCAGCCGCCCGUGGACAGAGGUGAUGAAGGAAAUGACGGGCACGGACAAAAUGAGCGCCCUGCCGCUCAUCGAGUACUUCAAGCCCGUCAUCGACUGGCUCGAGAAGGAAAACGUCAACGAGACGCUGGGCUGGCCCGAAUUUGCGUGGGUGCCGCCAGUGCCGGAUGACUACCCCGGGAAUCUGGAUAAAAUCACCGAUGAGACCCAAGCGAUAGCUCUGUUGGAGGAGUACAACACCACCGCAGAGAAAUAUUGGUCGGAGUACAACGAGGCGUCAUGGACCUACAACACCGACAUCACAGAGGAGCACGACAAGCUGGUGCAAGAAGCCAACUUACGGAUGGCCAACCACUCGCUCUACUUCGGACGAGAUGCUCUCCUUUACGACUGGUCCAACUUCCAAGAUGAGGGCGUCAGGCGGCAGCUGAAGAAGAUCAGCCAGAUUGGCACAGCCGCGCUUCCAGAGACUGAGCUCAAAGAGUACAACGAGAUCGUCUCGCGAAUGGAGACCGCUUACAGCGUUGCCAAAGUGUGCCGAGGCGAAACGUGCAUUCCCCUCGAUCCCGACAUCACGGCCAUCAUGGCGGAGUCGAGGAACUACGACGAGCUGCUCUACUACUGGCAGGGCUGGCGAGACGCCUCCGGGCGGAAGAUGCGGGAAGACUACGUGCGCUACGUGGAGCUCAGCAACAAGGCCGCGAUAGCAAACGGGUUUCCGGACAACGGCGCGCAGUGGCGUUCCGCGUACGACACGGAGACGUUCGAGGCCGACCUGGAGCGCAUCUACGAGGAGCUGAAGCCGCUCUACCUCAACCUGCACGCGUACGUGCGGCGCAAGCUGCACCAGCACUACGGGGAGAAGUUCGUCAACCUCAAGGGGCCCAUCCCCGCUCACCUGCUCGGAAACAUGUGGGCCCAGAGCUGGAACAACCUGAACAGCCUGGUCGCGCCCUUCCCGAACGCACCCUCGGUGGACGCCACGCCCGCCAUGCAGGCGCAGAAAUGGACAGCGACGAUGAUGUUCAACGUGUCGGAUGUAUUCUUCACGUCUCUGGGGAUGAUUCCAAUGCCGCGAGAAUUCUGGGACAAGUCCAUGCUGGAGAAGCCCACGGACGGUCGCGAGGUCGUGUGUCACGCCUCCGCCUGGGACUUCUACAACCGCAAAGACUUCCGGAUCAAGCAGUGCACGGUGGUGACGAUGGACGACCUGGUGACGGUGCACCACGAGAUGGGCCACGUGCAGUACUUCCUGCAGUACAAGGAGCAGCCGGUGCCGUUCCGCGACGGUGCCAAUCCCGGAUUCCACGAGGCCAUCGGUGACGUCAUGGCGCUGUCCGUGGCGACGCCAAAACACCUCAAGGAGAUCGGGCUUUUGGAAACGGUGGAGGACAACUCGGAGAGCGACAUCAACUUCCUGUUGAGCAUGGCCCUGGACAAGAUUGCCUUCCUGCCGUUUGGGUUCCUCAUGGAUCAGUGGCGCUGGAAGGUGUUCGACGGACGCAUUCCCACCGAGGACUACAACAAAGAGUGGUGGAACCUCAGGAUGAAGUACCAGGGUUUGUGCCCUCCCGUGGCCAGGACGGAGGACGAUUUUGAUCCAGGAUCAAAAUUCCACAUUCCAGCCAGCGUGCCCUAUGACAGGUAUUUUGUGAGCUUCGUCAUCCAAUUCCAGUUCCAGGAAGCGUUAUGCGCCGCUGCGGGCCAGAAAGGAGAUCUGCACAAGUGUGACAUCUACAAAUCCAAAGACGCCGGAGAUAAGCUUGCGAAGGUAAUGCAGCUGGGAUCCAGCCGGCGGUGGCAGGAAGCCAUGGAGAUGAUCACAGGGCAACAGAACAUGUCGGCCGCAGCACUCCUCAAGUACUUCAAGCCGCUCACCGACUGGCUUGUGAAAGAAAACCAGAAAAACGGAGAGGUGCUCGGCUGGCCCAACUACGAGUGGCGUCCCUAUGCCGGCGGCACCGUAGAGCCGCCAGAAGUUCGCGUGGACUUCUUGGGCCUGGACCUGAGCCAGGGAGAGGCGACGGCGGGGCAGAUCGUGCUGUUGGUGCUCGCGCUCGUAUUCCUCGUCGGCCUCAUUGCCCUGGCAAUACUCUACUUCCGCAAGCCCAAAAACAAGACCAAAUCUCAUAUGUAGUGCAGGUCUUCUUACCUCUUGCUUUAAGAUCUAAAUUUGGGGGAAAUUCGAAUUCUAGGCCUUAUGGAAGACUCACGAUUUACAACAUCCACUGCCAUCCUUUACAAAGUCGUACUGCCAGGUUUCACGUUAACAUAGCAAUUUGGUAAACUGUAGAAAGCACAUAGACUCCAUUAAAAGUAUACAAUGAGAUGAACAAGCCAUUUAAAUGCCAUGCCAACUUACAAUCCAUUUAAAAAUCUAACAUUAAAUAAACACCACUCCCUUUUGUUUAACUUGGCACUGUUCAUUGGACCCAAAGACUACAUUGGACUUCAGCGGCUGCAAACAAACCAUCAUAAACGAGAGCAACAGAACAUACCGGGAAACAGUUUUACCAUGUUCUAAGUAAUUACUUUAAGGUUGGCAACUUCUCUUCAUAGUUUGUGGGAGCAUUUAAAAAAUCAAGAUGUAAAUAAAUUUUAUAAUACAUCCUUAAAAAUGCGGUGGUCAAUGUUGUAUUACCGGUGUUUGAUUGUGCGUCGCUAAACUUGUCACCACCUGACAGCCAAUUCCUAAGACUUGUCACGUAAACAAACAUGCCAAUUCGUUACUAGUAUAGCACACCCACGUGGUUGUGUUAGAGUAAUCCCACAACAUAAUUCCAGAGCUGUACGACGUUUCGCCCGUAAUUAAAAACUUGCAUCAACUCUG